GACCCCGGAGAGUGAAUGCCCCGCCCCUCGGGCCCGCCCCCUGUGCUUAGUCACAGGGAGGCUGCUCUCGCCCGGGGCGUGCGCGCCCUCCUCCCCCGGGACCCGCCCCCGGCCGCCCCGGCGGCGCGCCCUUCCGCGUGCAUGGCCCUGCUGUCCCGGACUCUGAGCGCCGGCGCGAGUGCGGGAACGAGCUGGCGGCGGGCGGCGCGCGCUCUCCCCCGCUUCCCGCUGCCGCCGCCGGCCCGCGCCUUCGCCCGCGCCAUGGCGUUCAAGGCGGAGCCGCUGCCCGCCGCCGGCGCGGUGGCCUACGACUACCUGGUGAUCGGGGGCGGCUCAGGCGGGCUGGCCAGCGCUCGUCGCGCCGCCGAGCUGGGCGCCAGGGUCGCCGUGGUGGAGAGCCACAAGCUGGGCGGCACGUGCGUGAACGUCGGAUGUGUACCCAAAAAGGUAAUGUGGAACACAGCUGUCCACUCUGAAUUCCUGCAUGAUCAUGUUGAUUAUGGCUUUGAAAGUUGUGAGAGUAAAUUCAGUUGGCGUGUUAUCAAGGAAAAGCGGGAUGCCUAUGUGAGCCGCCUGAACACCAUCUAUCAGAAUAAUCUAACCAAGUCCCAUAUAGAAAUCAUCCACGGCCAUGCAGCAUUCACGGGCAAUCCCAAGCCCACCGUGGAGGUCGCGGGGAAAAAAUACACCGCUCCUCACAUCCUGAUCGCCACAGGAGGCACGCCCUCCCGUCCUCCCGAGAGCCGGAUUCCCGGUGCCAGCCUAGGAAUAACCAGCGAUGGCUUUUUUCAAUUGGAAGAAUUGCCUAGCCGCAGUGUCAUUGUCGGUGCGGGUUACAUUGCUGUGGAGAUAGCUGGGAUCCUCUCGGCUCUGGGCUCUAGGACGUCGCUAGUGAUAAGGCACGAGAAGUUUCUUAGAAACUUUGAUUCAAUAAUCAGUUCAAACUGCACUGAAGAGUUGGAGAAUGCAGGCAUAGAGGUCCUGAAGUACUCGCAGGUCAAGGAAGUCAAAAAGACUACCUCCGGCUUGGAAGUCUGCAUGGUCACUUUGGUCCCUGGUAGGAAGCCCACCUUGGCCACGAUUCCAGAUGUUGACUGCCUGCUUUGGGCCAUUGGGCGGGACCCAAAUUCCAGGAGCCUGAAUUUAAACAAACUGGGAAUUCAAACUGAUGACAAAGGUCAUAUCCUAGUCGAUGAAUUCCAGAAUACUAACGUGAAAGGCAUCUACGCGGUCGGGGAUGUGUGUGGAAGAGCUCUUCUCACUCCAGUUGCAAUAGCUGCUGGCCGAAAACUCGCCCAUAGGCUUUUUGAAUACAAGGAAGAUUCCAAAUUAGACUAUGACAACAUCCCCACGGUGGUCUUCAGCCACCCCCCUAUAGGGACUGUGGGACUCACGGAAGAUGAGGCCAUUUAUAAAUAUGGAAAGGAAAAUGUGAAGAUCUAUUCAACCACCUUUACCCCAAUGUAUCAUGCAGUUACCAAAAGGAAAACAAAAUGUGUGAUGAAAAUGGUCUGUGUUGACAAAGAGGAAAAGGUAUGGGAAAAACCCGGGAAGCUGGGGAGUGUCUUCAGGGGUGGCUGGGAUGGGUGUUCUGAUGAGAUGGGAAGGGAGAAGACCAGUUGUUAAGCCUGCUCCAAUUCA